AUGCCGAGAAUAAGUAUUCAAAAAAGAAAAAGUAGUGAAUAUUUUUUUAAUGCCAAAACAGGAUUUCAAAUAAGGUACUCAUAUCCUUGUAUACUUUGUGUUUUUUUUUUUUUAGAUCACAAAGACAAAUGUGUGAGAGCAAAGAUCAGAAAACCAUUACCAUCUGGCCGUUCAGCCUGUCACCAAGGAGUGCAUGGUCAGUUCACCUCAAGCGACACAGAAACGUCUCCCUGUUCGUUCGCUCAGAACAAACCUCCCUUGGUCCACAGCAGAGGAGCUCUCCCCGUGUCUCAGGUCCACCGUUUGCCCCGGGCCUGGCCUCUUCUGCCCUCGCUCAGGUACACCUCCUCGUCAUCCGAGUCCGACUCGGGCCAGCAGGACACCCCAGACCGCCUGCUGGACUUCUCCGACAUUGACAGUAGCAUUCCAGACGAGGAACCGGACGACAGCGAAGGGCCCAACAGCAGCAUCUUUUCCGCCUGCAGCGUCUCCACGGACUCCUGCCUGUCCUCCGCCCAGCAGACAGAGUCCUCUCUGGGCUACCCCAGUUCUUCAGGCAGCAGCUCCUCCACAUCCUCCAGGGACACGGUGCUGGACCUCAGCCCCAGACUGAGGGUCUCUCCUCUGGAGUGGCUCAGCAGGGACCUCCCCUCUCUGGAGCCUAUCACGUCUGAGUCCGAUGAGGAGGACCUGGAGGAGGAGUGGAAUACCUGGCAGACCAGGCAGCUGGGGCAAGGUGGGGGGCUGGUGCGAUGGAGAGGCCCCCUGUCUCGGCCCUAUCCUGCUCCGGCUCCGGCUCCAUUAGCAGCGGCAGCAGCAGGCGCCUCUUCUCGUCGAGAUGUCGAAGCGUCUUUGAGUCGCGAUGUGAGCCCCCGUGGACCAGCAGUGAGAAGAAGCCUGGACAGAGACGUCUACAGCUCCAUGCCAGGCCUGGAGCCCAUACCUGGGAUCACACUCGCUGGCGACAUCUCAGCGUCCGCUGCCAGGAACCACAGAGCGGGCCUCUACCUCUCCCUCAUGGAACCACCGGGCCUAGAGCCCAUCCCCAGGAACGAGCCACCCUGGCUGGGUUGGCUGAGAAGACCAGGCGCCGCCUCCCUCCAGGCUAGUGCCCAGGACAGAGACGGGGAGAACCACAGCAGCGGAGAGGGGGAGGAGAGUGUCACGCCUCCCCCUGUUGCGCCUCGGUUGGGGUCGCGCGUUGAGGCGUUGGCCGUGAUGGAUCAGCUGGGCAUGGCGCUGAUGGCGAUGCGGCAGAUGCGGCGUGAGAUUCAGGAGAUGCAGAGGAACAACGGGCACGAGGGAGCCAGCCUGCCGCGCAGGAAUAACACGGAGAGCGGGAAUAGCACAGGGAAUGGGAAUAGCACAGGGAAUGGGAAUAGUGCCAGUGUGGAUGGAAGCAAUGCUGGCGCUCCAGACGCCAGACCACAAGCCGACCCGGAAACACUCCGCAGGAUAACACAGAGUUUAAUGGAGGAGUCUGAUGAGGAGGAGGAGGGGGAUCAGUGUCGUAUCUGUCAGUCUGGGGCUGGUACUCCCACAAACCCCCUGCUGUGCCCCUGCCAGUGCUCAGGGAGCCUGCAGUACAUCCACCAUGACUGCCUGAAGAAGUGGAUCCAGACCAAAAUAGAGUCAGGUGCCGACAUGCCCGCAGUGACAACCUGUGAGUUGUGUAAGGGGACUCUAAACCUGGACCUGGAUGACUUUGAUCUUGAGGAGUGUUUUCGUCGGCAUGCACAAACACAGAGGGACCGCGGCGGCCCAGACCUCCACCUGCUGCUUCUGCUUCAGGAGCGUUUCUCAGACCUCAUGAUGGCCAUCCAGGCUCACAGCGUCGCCGUCACUCAGGUCAGCCACAAUCACAACCACAGCUACAACUACAAACACAGCUACAACCACAAACACAGCCACAAUCACAACCACAGCUACAACUACAAACACAGCUACAACCACAAACACAGCCACAAUCACAACCACAGCUACAGCUACAACCACAAACACAAACACAGCCACAGCCACAGCUACAACUACAACAAUAACAUCCACAAACCCAGAUACAACCACACUGAGCAGUUUGGGCAGUGUAGGCUGGCAGCAGUAGCCUAA